CUUGGUGUGCUGAGAGUGUCCUGCCUGGUCCUCUGUGCCUGGUGGGGUGGGGGUGCCAGGUGUGUCCAGAGGAGCCCAUUUGGUAGUGAGGCAGCCAUGGGGCUAGAAGCACUGGUGCCCCUGGCCGUGAUAGUGGCCAUCUUCCUGCUCCUGGUGGACCUGAUGCACCGGCGCCAACGCUGGGCUGCACGCUACCCACCAGGCCCCCUGCCACUGCCCGGGCUGGGCAACCUGCUGCAUGUGGACUUCCAGAACACACCAUACUGCUUCGACCAGUUGCGGCGCCGCUUCGGGGACGUGUUCAGCCUGCAGCUGGCCUGGACGCCGGUGGUCGUGCUCAAUGGGCUGGCGGCCGUGCGCGAGGCGAUGGUGACCCGCGGCGAGGACACCGCCGACCGCCCGCCUGCGCCCAUCUACCAGGUCCUGGGCUUCGGGCCGCGUUCCCAAGGCAAGCAGCGGUGGAGACAGAGACCGCGUUUCCGUGGGCCCCGGGUGGACAGUGACCGUAGCCCAAGCAGCGCCGACAGGGCGUGGGGUCCUGGACGUGAAACAGAGAUAAAGGCCAGCGAGUGGGCUGAGGACAGUGGGCCAGGAAACCACCUGCACGGGGGAGGGGUGAUCCUGGCACGCUACGGGCCCGCGUGGCGCGAGCAGAGGCGCUUCUCCGUGUCCACCUUGCGCAACUUGGGCCUGGGCAAGAAGUCGCUGGAGCAGUGGGUGACCGAGGAGGCCGCCUGCCUUUGUGCCGCCUUCGCCGACGAAGCCGGACGCCCCUUUCGCCCCAACGGCCUCCUGGACAAAGCCGUGAGCAACGUGAUCGCCUCCCUCACCUGCGAGCGCCGCUUCGAGUACGACGACCCUCGCUUCCUCAGGCUGCUGGACCUAGCUCAGGAGGGACUGAAGGAGGAGUCGGGCUUCCUGCGCGAGGUGCUGAAUGCCAUCCCCGUCCUCCUGCACAUCCCAGCGCUGGCUGGCAAGGUCCUACGCUUCCAAAAGGCUUUCCUGACCCAGCUGGAUGAGCUGCUAACUGAGCACAGGAUGACCUGGGACCCAGCCCAGCCCCCCCGAGACCUGACUGAGGCCUUCCUGGCAGAGAUGGAGAAGGCCAAGGGGAACCCUGAGAGCAGCUUCAAUGAUGAGAACCUGCGCAUGGUGGUGGCUGACCUGUUCCUUGCCGGGAUGGUGACCACCUCGGUCACGCUGGCCUGGGGCCUCCUGCUCAUGAUCCUACAUCCGGAUGUGCAGCGCCGUGUCCAACAGGAGAUCGACGACGUGAUAGGGCAGGUGCGGCGACCAGAGAUGGGUGACCAGGCUCACAUGCCCUACACCACUGCCGUGAUUCACGAGGUGCAGCGCUUUGGGGACAUCGUCCCCCUGGGUGUGACCCAUAUGACAUCCCGUGACAUCGAAGUACAGGGCUUCCGCAUCCCUAAGGGAACGACACUCAUCACCAACCUGUCAUCGGUGCUGAAGGAUGAGGCCGUCUGGGAGAAGCCCUUCCACUUCCACCCCGAACACUUCCUGGAUGCCCAGGGCCACUUUGUGAAGCCGGAGGCCUUCCUGCCUUUCUCAGCAGGCCGCCGCGCAUGCCUCGGGGAGCCCCUGGCCCGCAUGGAGCUCUUCCUCUUCUUCACCUCCCUGCUGCAGCACUUCAGCUUCUCGGUGCCCACCGGACAGCCCCGGCCCAGCCACCAUGGUGUCUUUGCUUUCCUGGUGACCCCAUCCCCCUAUGAGCUUUGUGCUGUGCCCCGCUAGAAUGGGGUACCUAGUCCCCAGCCUGCUCCCUAGCCAGGGGCCCUGAUGUACAAUAAAGCAAUGUGGUAGUUCCAA